AUGGCCGCCCUCAAGGCGGCGGGCUGCCUCCUGCUGGUCGGCAUGUACUUCGCGGCCGACUCCUCGUCGCCUCUCGCCGACUCGCGCCAGCCUCUCGCCGCCGCUCCCUCGCUCGCCGCCGAGCCUUCCUCAGCUGCAGCCGGCGCCUCGCCCGCGGGCAGUCCGAGCGACCCGCCUCCCCUCCGGCUCUCGCUCACGGUGGCUCUCUUCCUGCUGCGCGGCGGGCUGGCCAACAGCACCACCCCCCUCUCGUCCGCUCUGCUCAUGGACUCGGCAGCGGGCUCGCUGGGCGGGCGUCGGCGGCAACUUGGUCGAGACUGUGCGCCCGGACAGCGCCCGGCCUUUGGCGGCGUGCUGGCCGACCGGUACGGCUACCGCGCCGCCUUCCUGCUGACGGCUGCGUUGCAGGGGCUCGGCACGGCGCUCCUGCUGCUGCCCGUCUUCCCGCGAGCAGAGUACGCGGCCGGAAACAACACGGUCAAAGGCUGUAUCGGAAGUGAGAGGCAGAAGAUCCCCAGUCGGCUCACGGUUGUGCGAGGGGACUGA